UUCCUCAAAGCCAAAGCGCAACACAGGCGUCACUCAGAGGAGAUGACUGAUAGCAUGGACGGCACAUGGCACUAAUAUAGGGAGUCGAUGGAAUAAACAUGGCUGUUUGUGAACGUGUACUGAUGUCAGGCUGGUGUAGGUUAGUCCUGUUGUUCAUGCUGAUAUGGGAGCAUGGAGCUGAGGAGGUGGACAUUUUUCACUCUGACAAACAAACCAGAGAAGGAUGGGUUUCUGAACCACGCAAACAAUGGGUUGACAUGCGGAUGACGGUGGGCACUCAGGCCUCUGUGCCUGUGCUCCAAGCUUGUGCUGAAAGAAGAACGAGGACUUUUCUAAGCUCCUGGAUGGAGCGUGGAGACGCCAACUAUCUCCUCAUGGAUGUUGCGUUUGCUCUGGAAGAGGAGCCCUCCGGUGAGGACAGCCCUCUGCAAGUUCACCUUUUCAACUCAGACACCUCCAUCACAAGAUUUCGCGACGGCUGGAAAGUCCUGGACCUGCGGACUUCCAAACCAUUCCCAAGCAACUUCAAACCGAGCCAAAUACCUGACUAUCUGAAUCGCAGCGUGGCGCUGAGCUUGGGCUCGGUCACCCACAGAGGAUUUCAUCUGGCCUUCUCCUACUCAGGAACAUGCGCAUUGUUAACCUCCAUCAGGCUGUACUACAGGAGGUGCCCCGGCAUCGUAUCUAAUCUGGUCUCAUUCGGAGGAACAGUGGCUGGAUCGGGGACCCUCCAGGGUUCUUGUGUGGAGGGAGCUGUGGAGGUUUCUCCUCCUUUUAGGCAGUGUGGUGUAGAUGGAGUGUGGGGGCCACUGGAGGGGAUGUGCACCUGCAAACCUGGGCAUGAAGAAGUGGAGAACGCAUGUCAAGCCUGCAGGAUUGGCUACUACAAGGCAUCCAAUCAGAGUGGAGGAUGCCGGCUGUGCCCAGUGAACACCAGGACCCGUGGGGAGGGAUCAGAGAGCUGUGAAUGUGUCCAGGGUUUCAGCCGCCUGCAAACUGACCCCGAUCACCUCGGUUGCACCAAGCCGCCUUCUGCUCCAGUGAACCUAACAACCCACCACCUCAACGAUUCUGUGCUGACGGUGACGUGGGACCCUCCUCACGACACUGGAGGCCGACCUGAGGUGAAGUAUCGGGUCACAUGUGAGAAGGCGGCAAGCUCUGGCAGGAAGUGGGAGGCGUGCGGGGACGUGUUUUUCCUUCCGGAGUGGCUAACCAACACAUCAGUCAGCAUCACGGGUCUGAACCCACAGCUCGACUACAGGCUCUCAGUGCAAGCCUGGAACGACAUUUCCACCCUGCAGGGGGCGCCACAUUCAUCCACCGCUACUGUUACCAUUCAGAGAUGGAAGGUUCCUCCUGUGGUGACCUCCAUGACCCCAGGCCUAAACACCUCUGGUCACGACCCAACCCAUGCUCCUCAUCGCGGGAGUCGCUCCCCGUCCGCGUGGCUCACGGUCGGUGCUUUGUUCAUUAGUCUCAUGCUUGUGGCCGUAUUCCUUAUCGCAUCUUACGUCCACUGCCGGAACCGCAACAAACGCAGGAUGGACCAACCACUUUUGGUGGGCGAUCCUGUUAUUUCUUAUCGACAGCUACUAGGGUCAGAUGCUGCAGCCCAGCCCGAAGAGCCAGAGGGGGUUCUCCAGCUGUUGGGAGUACUCAGCGACCAGUUGCUGGACAGUCUGAGGGAUGUCCUGGUUGAGAGACACCAGCUGACCCUGGGCAAGGAGCUGGGCAAAGGGGAGUUUGGCUCGGUGUACGAAGGCAUCUUUACGCUACAGGAAGGCACUGACAUCAGAGUUGCUGUGAAAACCAUGAGAGUCGGGAUCCACAGCCAGCAAGACUUGCACGAGUUCCUGAGAGAGGCGGAGAUCAUGAAGAACUUUGAUCAUAAAAAUGUUGUGGGGCUGCUGGGGGUCACCUUACAGAGAGAGGAGGACUCUACUCUGCCGGUACCUUUGGUCAUACUUCCCUUCUUGAAGCAUGGAGACCUGCGGCGCUUCCUCAUUGCUACCCGCUACGGUGAUGUUCCUAUGUUCGUGCCCCAUCAGACCCUCCUGCGCUUCAUGAUAGACAUCGCGAUGGGGAUGGACUAUCUGAGCUCCAACGGGUUCCUGCACAGAGACUUGGCUGCACGUAACUGCAUGUUGGGUGAUGAUCUCAGGGUGUGCGUUGCUGACUUUGGCCUCUCCAAGAAAAUCUACAGCAGCAACUACUACCGACAGAAAAUAGCCAUCCGUGUGCCCAUCAAGUGGAUGUCCAUGGAGAGUCUGUCCGAGUCCAUUUACACCACCAAGAGUGAUGUGUGGUCGUUUGGAGUGACCAUGUGGGAGAUUGUUUCCCGGGGGAGGACGCCUUAUCCUGGGGUCUCCAAUCACGAACUUCUGGACCUGCUGCUGUCUGGACACCGGCUGAAACCACCCGAGGACUGUGAUCAGAAACUUUAUGAAGUCAUGAGGAGCUGCUGGGACAGGGAUCCGGCCCGGAGGCCUGACUUCAGGGCGCUAGCCGAAACCCUGAGAGGCCUUUUGUCCGAGCUGCCGGUCCUGGAGCCGAGCGAAGAGGCCAAUUACAUCAACCAGGGCCUGGAGGUCCUCACUCACUCUUCUCCUUCUCCUGCCUCUCAAGAGCAGCAGGCAGAUUCUGGCGGACGAUGGGAGAACGUCUACCUGCCUUCUCCCGUGGGAGCGGCUGCAGCCAGAGUCGAGGAUACGGAAACAGAGGACGGUUACCUUAAGAGUGGUGUCUGCUCAGUAGAUAAGUGAGAUGAAAAUCACUGAAAGACGAGAUUAUGACAUGUGAUUCUCUUCGCGGACGGUUUGUAAGUUGUUGGACGGUGUGGAUGUUUUGUUGUGGAUGUGUUGGACGGAGUUCUUCUUAAAUAGCAUGAGACAGCGAAUGAAAGUCUUUAUCUGUAUAUUUGGUACUUUAAACACUGUUACUAGUGAAGGUAUGUGUCCAUAAAAAGAAAUAAUAAAAUCAAUUGUUUAUUUUCAUAAAGAUCACCAUGAAACUUCU